AAAUGAGAUUGUGUGGUUGAAAAUUGAUGAAGACAUGCAGUUGAAUACCUUCAUCAUCUUAUUCUCUCUCUCUCUCAAUCAAGCGAUCAAAAAGGGCCUUGUUUUGUGCUCAUGCCCGAGUUCGGAGAUCGGACAGAACACGAGCUCUGGCAAAUCGCAUUAAAAACAGAGCCACCUCUGCUCUGUCUCUGGCUGAGCUCGAGCCCGCCGUUCUCCGCAUGGACCAUUGCUUGACGUGGAAUUAAGGGGUCAACGCUCCAUCCUCAAUUACUAGACCUCCGUAUGAUCGUGUGAAGUGAGGAUACAUCUGCAAGACAAGACCCUGAAGCCAAGAACUCUCUGCUCUGCUUCACCGUCAUCUCCUUGAUCAUCACUCUCAAUCUCAUGGACACCCACAAUCAGGAGAAAGCUGGUGAUGAGUCAUUGGAACCCCCGAAGCUCGUUUUGUAUUCCAAUUGGCAGAGUUCUUGUUCUUGGCGCGUGCGCUUCGCGCUGAAUCUUAAAGGGAUCUCAUAUGAGUAUAAAGCAGUGGAUCUCAGGAAAGAAAAGCAAUAUACUGCUGAAUUUGACAAGUUAAAUCCUAUGCAUUUGGUUCCGGCGUUAGUCGACGGAGAUUUCGUGGUUUCAGAUUCUUAUGCAAUUUUGCUGUAUUUGGAAGAAAAGUAUCCUCAGAAGGCUUUGUUACCUCAUGAUCGUCGAUUGAAAGCUCUCAACCUCCAGGCUGCAAGUAUAAUCAGCUCGAGCAUACAGCCUCUUCAGAUGCUGAAUGUGCUGAAGUACAUUGAGGAGAAAGCUGGCCCUGAAGAGAGGCUAUCAUGGGCUCAAUAUGCAAUAGAGAGAGGUUUCCAAGCUCUCGAGAAGUUGCUCGAAAAUGUUGCGACCAGAUAUGCCACUGGGGAUGAAGUGUGCUUGGCUGAUGUGUUUUUGGCCCCACAAAUAGCUAUUGCUACCUUGAGAUUUCAGAUCGACAUGGCCAAGUUCCCUACUUUGAGGAGGAUCCAUGAAUCGUACAAGACUUUGCCUGAAUACGAAGCAUCAUCACCGGAACGUCAACCCGAUGCCAUGAUCUGACAUGGGUAUCUCCUCUCCAAUCUCAAAGUUGGAAGCCGAAAAGUCUCAGGUAUCAGGCCGUGUGAUGAUUCUCAUGGUCGAAAGUUCAACAAAUUGCCAGCCUCAUCUCCGCGAGGGUCGUUCUCUCACUUUUCAUUGCCCCGUCCGUGCCAUGUCAUGUGAGUCGACUGUAAUCAUCUGUAAUAGUGACUUAACCAUUUUUUUAUGCCUCAAGGGUAUGCACGGUGCUUCUCCUUGCAUUUUCAGUGGGUCGUGCACCGAUGUUUAGAGGUUUUCUUUUGAAUUCUCACCAAGGUUCCCGUUCUAAAUAAGACAGGGUUGUAUUGUUUCUUUGCAAAUCUCCGCAUUUUGCUGUCAAUUGAUGGAUACGUGCUUUGAUUGGGAUAAA